AUGGAUCGCAUUGUCUUGAAGACCAGUAUCAUUGAUAGAAGACACGGAGUUAGCGGAGAAAUCCAGCAGCUGUACAACACUGAAAGGGUGGGAGCAGAACCUAACUGGAUUUCAGUUAGCAAUCAAAAUUACCUUGGUGUCAUUGACUGUCAAUGGAAGCUCCAGUCAUUUGCGCUAGCAAUGCUAAAAAUGGAGACCAGGCAUUACGCCGAUGCCUGCGCCCAGCAGUUUGUGUCUGUGGCGGAGGCAUGGGGAGUUCAACCAAAUAUCACCACAGUUGGCACAGACGGUGCCCGAAACAUGAUCGCUGCAGCGAGAAAGCUUCCAUAUGAGCACAUGCCUUAUUGUGCAUCUCUUAUCAUCCUCUGCAGAUAUGCAACUGAGCUCUUUGGACAUAAAACUUAUGUUUCCUGCUCUGUGGUAUUGCCUGCUCUCUGCCACCGGCCCUGUACAAUGGAAGUUUCGGACGAGGACCCAGCCUAUAUUGGAAAAUCUAAGACUGCUUUUAAAAAGGACCGUGUCUUCAAAAAAGGAGAUAGAGAAGCAGUGUGGACCAGCCUUCAGGCUCUGCUGGAAAAUAAACCCAGUACAGCUACCCCAAAACCUGUAGAAGAGCCACCGAAAAAGGGAAGCCUCCUUAUCUUUGUUUCAGAUACAGACUUAGAUGAUGACAUGGUAGAACCAAGCAGGGAUCUGAACCACUACAAAGCAGAGCCCACCAUUAGCAUGGAGGAAUGCCCGCUGCAUAACAUAGUCCAAAAAAAGAGGGCAGCCUUGAGCUCUGAGAAUGUAGAGAAGCUAGUUUGUCUCAGUGACUGGCUGAAGGAGAAUUUUCGUUCCCUGGACUCGUGCCUCUCGGACUCGGUGCUCCGCAACCAGCUCCGGAUCCAGCCCUGCUCGGGUCCGGCUCUCGCUCUCCCUGGAUCCGUCUGGUUGCCGUCAGCUCCGGCCCUCCUGCCGCUCUGCCUGAUACCUUGCCACCGCAGCCCGUUCCCAGUCAGUGCCGCCGCCUCCAGCCCCCUGUCAUUCAGCCACCUAGCUGUCAGCCACGAGGUGGUGUCCACGUCCAUCUCUGAGUCUGAGCGCAAGAAUGCACCUGAGACUUUCCGCUUCAGGAAAGGUCUCAAGCGGCCAUGGAGUCAAGGCCACUCAGGAACCAUGGGUAACAACCUACCAGCCCCUGCAAGGCCCAAGCCAGGACAUGCUCAAGCACACUUAAAUAAGGUUCCCAGAGUCAAAUCUGGUCACAGAGCUCCCUCACCACCACUGAUCUGA